CGGUCCGAGCGCCGGGGUUGUCCAUUGCGCAGCCUGUCCUGGAAGUUCACUGUAUUCAGGCGUUCGCCCAGGACAGCUCGGAGCCGGCGGGGGCUUUCCGGCGUUCGCGCAGGCGCACUGUGUUCGUGGGGGGGGCCUUGCCGCCGUCCGGCUCAGGCGCGCUGCGGGCAGCCCCAGGGGCGCGUGAGCGGCGGCAACAUGGACGACGAGGAGGAGACCUACCGGCUGUGGAAGAUCCGCAAGACUAUCAUGCAGCUUUGUCAUGACCGUGGCUACCUGGUGACCCAGGAUGAGCUGGACCAGACGCUUGAGGAGUUCAAGGUACAGUUCGGGGACAAGCCGAGCGAGGGGAGACCGAGGCGGACAGACCUCACCGUGCUGGUGGCCCACAACGAUGACCCCACAGACCAGAUGUUUGUCUUCUUCCCAGAGGAGCCCAAGGUGGGCAUCAAGACCAUCAAGGUGUACUGCCAGCGCAUGCAGGAGGAGAACAUCACGCGGGCGCUGAUCGUGGUGCAACAGGGCAUGACGCCGUCCGCCAAGCAGUCCCUGGUGGACAUGGCGCCCAAGUAUGUUCUGGAGCAGUUCCUUCAGCAGGAGCUACUCAUCAACAUCACGGAACAUGAGCUGGUCCCGGAGCACGUGGUCAUGACCAAGGAGGAGGUGACAGAACUUCUGGCUCGGUACAAGCUUCGUGAGAGCCAGUUGCCCAGGAUCCAGGCUGGGGACCCCGUGGCUCGCUACUUUGGGAUCAAGCGAGGGCAGGUUGUGAAGAUCAUCCGACCCAGCGAGACUGCCGGCCGCUACAUCACCUACCGCCUGGUGCAGUAGCUGCAGGGAGCCGCAGGGAGGGCCAGCGCUGCCCGGUGAGCCUGCCCGCCUCCAUAGCUGCUGCCCAUCCUUGAGCCCGAGAGGGGCUGCCUUCCCCAGCCAGCGCACAGUGCCGCUCCCUUCUGAAAAUGAGAGACUGUUGGGUGAGACAUUCUGGCCACAGAGCCCGGUGUGUUGACCCACCUGACGGAAGGAGAGAGCUGACUCCUGCAAGUGUCCUCUGACCUCUGCACCCAGGACUCGAUUGGGAGGGGGCCUUUAUCCCAACACCCAGGAGGCAGAGGCAGGCAGAUAAAGAGUUCCAGGCUAUCUGGGGCUACACAGACUCCCAGACAGCUAGGCCACAUCGUGAACUUCUCUCUCAGAAAGCAAGCAAUCAAAGGAAAAAAAAAACCCUGUACUGUUGUUCCCAGGUGAAAUCCUAGCAUUCUGGAGACUGAGGCAGGAGGAUUGCUGUAACCUCAGGGCAAGUUUGUGGACUCUUUAGCAAGAACCAGGGCAGCACCCGUGUUCUGGUGUGAGCUCCUCUGAAAAACAAUAAAAAGAAAUCCACCUGUGGCGUGGGGCCUGCCCGGAAGCCUCCAGGAGCGGCUGACCAGCCCUUCCCAGCUCACCAGCGACCUCCUGCCCUGCACCUUGAUGGACAGUUGAAUGGCUGCCACCUCCCCGAGGACCAGGUGCAUGGCUGCUGCUCCCAUAGAGCCCAGGGUCUAUGGAGCAGGGUGUGGGUCAUAACCGGUUUGCCUUUUGACUCAAGGGUUCCCAUCUGGCCCCUGUCUCGGGACAUGGCCCUUCAGCAUGUCACCAGGCAGCCUGUCCUGCCCCUAUGCGUCCUGAGUGCUGGCCAUACCCCACUCCUUUAUCACUGUGAGGUCACUGCUCUGUUCAGGGUCCUCGCAGGCCUCUUGAGAAUUAAAAGAUAUUUUGUGGA